AUGGCUUCAGAUCUUACAACACCUUUGACGCCGCACUUGCGGAAAAUCAGAGGCUCGAGCCAGCUGAUGGUCAAGGGAAAGCCUUUUCUGAUGCUUCCAGUCGAGUUACACAACUCCACCUUCAGCAGCGCCGCGUACAUGGAACGGGUGUGGCCUGAAAUGAAGGCUAUUCACGCAAACACUAUUCUCGCCCCAGUGACAUGGGAGAUGAUCGAGCCUACCGAGGGAACCUUUGACUUCUCUGAACUCGACAAAUGCGUCCUGGGUGCGCGCAAACACGGCCUGCAUCUCGUCUUGCUAUGGUUCGGAGCAUACAAGAACACGCUCAGCUCGUACGCUCCGAUCUGGGUCAAGACAGAUAUUGAUCGCUUCCCACGGAUUCACAUCAAGAACAAGGAGGGCACCCUAAAAACUCUCGAAGCUGUCCAACCCCAUUGCAAGGAGGCCUGGAAGGCAGACGCGCGCGCCUUCGCCAACUUGAUGAGACAUAUCAAGCGUCUUGAUGAGGAUCAUAGCACUAUCCUAAUGGUGCAGGUGCAGAACGAAAUAGGAGUGAUGGGCGACUCCAGAGAUCGAUCUCGCAUUGCCGAUGAACUGAUCCAGAAACCUGUUCCCGCGGAUCUGUGGGCGUAUUUGCAGACAAACAAAAGCACCCUCCAUGCAGAAUUCCGGAAACGAUUCUCUGACGCCCUAGGAAAUCCUGCCACCUCCCCUACAUGGAUAGAAGCAUUCGGACCCGGGCCCUUUGCGGAUGACUUGUUCAUGGCAGAUGCCUUCUCUCGGUACAUUCAGGCGGUCACAGCCGCCGGACGCGCUGAGUAUGAUAUUCCCUACUAUGUCAAUGUCGCGCUAUGUUCGGAGGACCCGUCCUGGUUGGACGUUGAGUCCAUUCCCGAUGAGGUCCCUGCAGGCGACGUCCCCGGCCAGUAUCCCUCUGGAGGCCCCGUCGGCCACAACCUAGACAUUUAUCAACACAACGCCCCAGAUAUUGCGUUCUGGGCACCCGAUAUUUACCUCCAAGACUAUGAGCUGGUCUGUGAGUGUUACCGUCACAACGAUCGGCCUCUCUUCAUCCCCGAGCAGCGGCGGGAUGAGUACGGCGCACGUCGUAUCUGGGUUGCGUACGGCAAUUAUCAGGCUCUCGGUUGCUCCCCCUUUGGAAUAGACACCUUGGACCCUGAAACAUCGCCUACCAAGAAACACUUCAAACUUCUGCGCAGCAUAAAGGAUUACAUCCUUGAUGCCCACGCCAAUCGCCCGGACGACAUCAUGGGCUUCUUCUUUGACGAGGAUGCCGAGAUGACAUCCAAGUCCAAGACGCAAUGGGUUAAGUCCUUUGGCGAUUUCCUGGUCACCGUGAAGCGUGCUUCUGUUUUUGGUAUCCCCAGCUCCGCAGCGGGAAUCAUCAUCCGCCAACCCAACGGCCGCUUCCUCAUCGCAGGAUUUGGCGUCCAGAUCAACUUUGCAUCUACGGACCCAGACUCGACGCUCACAAGCGUCCACAGCGUCAAGGAAAUGGAGGUCGACGAGUCGGGUGCACUGAGAUGUGCCCGUGUUCUAAACGGCGACGAGACGAUCCAUGGAUCGUGUGUUAUUAUGCCCAGCGAGGAUCCUGAUUAUGGUGGAUUUCCUAUCCCAAGCAGCAUUCCUGGUCGUACAAUGAUUGCAGAAUGCGUGCCCUACAGUAUCAAAGAGGCCCAGAGUCAUUUUUGA